ACAUAUAAACCUGUCACUUCAGUCUUCAUGUACUUAUGUUUAUUUCUUUUACAUUAGUAUCCGUAUUAAGAUAUUGAGACGCCGAAUUUAAUAACCUGAAAUGUCCAAUGCAUACUAAUUAGUUAGUUGAAUAAUUUAUUUUUAUUUGGAUGCAAAUCCAACCCGUGUGUUUUGUAACCAACCUACAUUACGUGAUAUAUUGUUAGAUUCUUAGUAAUUAGAUCAAUGUAAUACUUGUUUAUCAUCAACUCGGGCGCUUCUAUUAACUCAAUUUCGAAACAUGUGAGAAAUUAAAAUUUAACAUAUUAACUGGGCGAGUGUUAUAUAAGUAUGUUUAAAAUUGCUGACCAAUUUUAUUAAUAAUCAAAAUUUAUGCAAAAUUUUUUGUAAUCUAGAGGUUAAGAAAUUGGGAUUGAAUUAAAAAUGACUUAAAUGUUAAUUGGAAGAAAGGAAAUUACCUUCGAAUGACCAAGACUGGUAGCUGUUGGUGACAAGUUAGGUGGCCAUCGACAAAAUAUAGAACUGUCUCAUUUCAUCGGACGACAAUUGUGGAGUAAAGCCACUUGAAUCCAACGGCCCUCAUUAGUCAUUAUCGCGUACACAAACAUGUAUUGUAUUCGUACAAUAUACGAGAAAAAAAGAGAGACAAUAAUCGUAUUUAUAAAAUCGUAUUUUAUUUUUCUAUUUGUCCGCAUGCAUGCACGCGCACUUGGUUUGUCGUCUCCCGUAACCCAACGCAUUCACGAGUCUGACUGGACAGCUGACUCAGCUGAGCCCUUCGAGCCGGAAACGGACACGUCAGCCCACCGAAACCCGAGAAUUGCUCGCGACCAUCCGAACUCCGGCUCCUCCACUUCUUUUACCUGCCCUUAAGUCAAGUGCUCGUAGAUAUUUUUCAGUUCACUGCAGAUAUUUUGGUAAAAAAACUUGAAUCAUCACUAAACGAUAAGUUAGGAUUUACUACAAUGCUCAUCAAUUUUUUCAAAAUCUAGCUAGCUAGACUAAGGAAAAGUUAGCAUUUUCUUCAAAAUCCUCAUUAUUCAAUGACCAUUUUAUGACAAACACCAUAGUUUAAUGACCAUACCGUCAUUUACCCACAGAUAUUUUCCCCAGUCCCCACUAUGGCACUCCCAAAUGCUUGUAUAAAUUCCCCUUCUAAACCACUCCCUUCUCAUCAUCACCUUCUCUAAAAACCUUCCCCUCCUUAUCUCCUCAAACACCAAUCUUUCUCCCAUGGCGUCCACCAUAACCUCCACCCUCAAAACCCCUUUCCUCGACACCACCAAGUCGUCGUCCUUCCAUGGUGCCCCGAUCCCGACCUCCCGCUUCUUCUUCACACCCACCAAAUCCUCCUCCGCCCAAAACGGCGCCGUCUCGAUGUCCAUGGCCACCCCGCCGUACGACCUCAACUCCUUCAAGUUCGCUCCUAUAAAAGAAUCCAUCGUCUCCCGCGAGAUGACGCGCCGCUACAUGACCGACAUGCUCACCUACGCCGACACCGACGUCGUCAUCGUCGGCGCCGGGUCCGCGGGGCUCUCCUGCGCCUACGAGCUCAGCAAGAACCCGGACAUCCGGAUCGCCAUCAUCGAGCAGUCCGUCAGCCCCGGCGGCGGCGCGUGGCUCGGCGGCCAGCUGUUCUCCGCCAUGGUCGUCCGCAAGCCCGCACACCUCUUCCUCAACGAGGUCGGCGUCGAUUACGAUGAGCUCGAGGACUACGUCGUCAUCAAGCACGCGGCGCUGUUCACCUCCACAAUCAUGAGCAAGCUCCUGGCCCGGCCUAACGUGAAGCUGUUCAACGCCGUGGCGGUGGAGGACCUGAUCGUGAAGGGCGGCAGGGUCGGCGGCGUGGUGACCAACUGGGCCCUGGUGUCGAUGAACCACGACACGCAGUCGUGCAUGGACCCGAACGUGAUGGAGGCGAAGGUGGUGGUGAGCUCGUGCGGCCACGACGGUCCGUUCGGCGCCACGGGGGUGAAGAGGCUGAUGGACAUCGGGAUGAUCGACAAGGUCCCCGGGAUGAAGGCCCUCGACAUGAACGCCGCGGAGGAUGCCAUCGUCAGGCUGACGAGGGAGGUCGUCCCCGGGAUGAUUGUGACGGGGAUGGAAGUUGCCGAGAUCGACGGAGCGCCGAGGAUGGGACCGACAUUUGGGGCGAUGAUGAUUUCGGGGCAGAAAGCGGCUCAUCUGGCGUUGAGGGCGCUUGGGGAAGCUAAUGCGUUGGAUGUGAACAACGGGAAGGUGAAGCAGCCGGAGUUUGUUAUUGCUGAUGCAGGAACCGCCGGAGAGGCCGUGGAUGCUUAAUUAGGGGGACUCAAGUGUAAAAAAUAAAAAUGUGGAGGCCGGAAGAAUAAAAGGAGGGAAGAAGAAGAAGAGCUAGUGUGUGAAUGUGGUGUUUGCUAGUUGUUCCUUUGGGGUUUUGGAAGGGUGAUGGUAGAUAGUUCUUUAGUUUUAACAAAAAUGGAAGCAUGGUCCCGUUUGAGUGAUGAGAAACUAAAGGGGAGGGGAGUGCUAAUCCGUGUUUGAUCUGGAUUUACAAUUAAUGAAUCAGUCGCCGAAUCGAAUAAACUCAACUCAACAUUUUGGGUUCUUGAAAUUCUUUCAGGAGAUUUUAAAACUUCUCAAAGUUAUAACGAACCGAUUAUAUAUCUUAACAAUAAUUUCGCAAAUCAUGAUUAACGGCCUACGCUCUAAAGUUUCUGAACUCAUACGCCAUCCAAAUCAAACUAUAAUUUAUUGAAUCUAUAUUGAUCGGCAUGACCUAGGACUAAGGAUGUAAGUUUGGUCCUAAAUAUCCAAUGGUCCGAUCCGGUCACGAGGAUCGAACUGGAUCAAUCUAUUCUUUCAAGUCUUUCUAGUCCAUUGUUAAAUAUUCAUAAUUUUUACUAUGCUAGAUAAAUGACUCUUUUUAUUUUUCUUAUUUCUUCCUCUUCGAAAGUGACUUCCCAAAUUGUCAUAACAAGUUGUUCUUAACUAGUCUAUAUCAUUGUGAGAUAUUUUUUUGGCACUUGUGAUUUGGGGCCAUUGCAAGCCCGACCUUUCGAAGCGGGUUUGGAGUAUCCAAAUUUGGGACAUAUUCCUUGACGAUUCCAACAAAAGAAACCACAACAAGAGUCAUUUUCUUUGUAGGGCUCAAGUGGACCUAAUUACUUGUCUGGACUUUGUUGGAAGUUGGAACGACUGUGGUCUUCACUCUCCGUGACUUCUUAAGCGAAGGUGAUCCUCUCGAUCUCAGAAAGGUUUCUAGAUAUGCAAGUUCGAUUUUAGUUUUUUUAACCGACUUCGACACAUCCAUUGGUGUAGGCAGGAGUGUAUGCAUUAUCCGAUGUUAUUUCUUCGAUCACAUAUCAUAUCAUUCUAUAUCAUCUCCAACAAGUUCAGAAAGCUUCUUACUAUUGUUCAAUCAAAGAUCCAAAAUUAGAAUUACAACUAACUUUCUGGAUCUCUGUUCAUUUGGAAUAAUAGGCAAAAUCAAUUCCUUGGUUUAUAACUCGAGGUUUUAUGAGAUGUCUGAGUAUGGAUCUCAUAUAACUUACUUAUGCAUCUCGUCAAACAGAAUUCAAUUAAUGGACUUGAAAUUUGCAUGUGAUUGUGCCCACCAUGCAAAUUCAAUGAGAUGUAAAAUAGUGAUAUAAGAUUCACAUAAAAUCUCUCCCAACAACUAGAGUUAUUGGAAGAGGUUGCAUAAUUAUUUAGGGCUUCUAAAGUCAUGAACAUGCCAAACAUGAAACACCCAACAAAUCAGAAAGACAUUACAUAAAAUACUUUAUGAUCAUUAGAUUGUUUGAUCUAACGAAUGAAAUUGAUUUAAUCAACUUAAUGGAUAAACGCUUGCUACAAAUAACACAUAAGAUAUGGCCGAUGUGCUUCCAUAGGUACUUGUGCAGUUGUGCGGGUAUAAUCCGACCUAAUCGGCAUUGCGUAACAUAUAUGAAUAAAGUAUCCAAUCCAAAGCAUCAUUAAUGGUAGAAAAGGAAAACAUUUUUACAAGGAAAGAAGUGAAUAAGAUGAAGAACUUCUUGGCUGUUGCAAUCGCGUGAAACAGAUUUCUCAAUCCUAAUCCUCUCAAAUUCGUCAAAGCCUCAAAGGGUGUCUCAAUUCAAUGACAUGUCUAGAUUAGGGUGUGCACUGGUUUGGUCUGAUUUGAACCAGACCAAACUCAUGAGAAUCGGGAUUCAUUAGUAAAAUAUAUCUUAGGAC